AUGCGGACCGUUCAAGGCGCGCCGCGCAUGAUAGAGCGCCGCCACGUUUUUGGCGUAUGUGAGAAUGUGAAGGAUGGAUUCCAGUACCUCGACGAGACCAAUGUGAUGUGGGUCGCGGGGAAGAGUCUUGUCGUGCUCGACACACAGCUGGGUACACAGCAGCUGGUACCGUGCACGCCAAACUGCGAGACCGUCACAGCUAUCACGGUGUCCUACAAUCGCCGUUUACUGGCCGUUGCGGAGAGUUUCAAGCAGCCCUGCAUCGUCAUUUAUGUAUGUGAUGUGGCGAGCAGCCCAAAGCUGAAACGGAAGAAGGUGCUGCUGGUGCCGGAUCUCGGCUCCACUGAAUACGUGUCACUGUGUUUCUCGCAGGAUGGGCGAUACCUUGUCUCGCUCGGUGGCGCCCCCGAGUGGAACGUUGUAUACUGGAGUGUCGAGCGCGCGAAGGUCGUGGCGUCAUGCUCCGUACUUGAAGAAGGCGAUCAGGGCGGGGGUGAACGGCACCUGCUCAACCAGUGCAGCAUCUGCCCGAACGACCCUUCCCUUGUAUGUGUCUCUGGUAGCGGCAUUGUGAAGUUUUUCAUGCUGCAGGAUAGCCAUCUGCGACCAACUUCGGGGGGCUUGCACGAGCCCGUCACAAACUACCUUGCACAUCUGUGGAUUCCCGCCGAGAAUCGCCUUAUUCUGUCGACAGAGAAUGGUGAUCUCAUCUUGAUGGAAAACAACGAAUACAAAUACCCACUCCCACUGUCGCCAUCAGACGGGAUUUCUAUCAACACACUCGUGGCAUACAGCAAAGGUUUUAUCUGUGGGGGUGAUAUGGGACUUGUCAGUAUUUUUGAGCGAACAGACAACAAGGAGAUGUACCGCAAAGUGCGAACGUUCAAGUUUAACAACGAUGCGGAGAACAUGGGGCCCGCAAGUGAGGUUGUGCCAGUUAUUCUCUCCUUCACGCUUUCCCCGCCACCUGCUGAGGAGUACGUUUCUUUCAUGACCAGCACAAAACAGCUGUACUCCCUUAACCUCCCCAAUGCGGACUUCUUCAAGUCAGAUGAGCGCGUGUUUGAGCCAAUUGGCCAGCCGUUCCACUCAGGGCCUGUUGUAGGCGUCGAUGUGUGCGUUCAGCGACCGUUCGCGGUUACUGCCGGCCGCGAUCGUUGCAUUUUCCUGUGGAACCUCAUCACAGGCAUCGUUGAAUUCCGAAAACGGUUCCAUACGGACAUUUACAGCGUAGCUAUGCACCCAUCCGGGCUACAUCUCCUCGUGGGACUCGCGGACGGACUCCGCAUGAUGAAUUUGUACAACAAUGAUAUUCGGGAGUUUAAAAACAUUGGAAUCCGCUCUUGUAUGGAAUGCCGGUUCAGCAGCGGCGGCCAGUUCUUCGCGGCUGUACAUGCCACAACGAUCCAUGUGUACUUCACGUACACGUGUGAACUUAUGGGCCACCUACGCGGCCACAGUGGUAAAGUGAAGAGUGUUUUUUUCGUUCCCCCAGACGAUACGAAGAUCGUUACUGUAGGCCUUGAUGGUGCUGUAUACGAGUUUAACCUCUGUGACUUUCACAAAGUCAACGACAAUGUACUCAAAUCGAUGACAUACAACUGUGCGGCGGCUGAUGUAGGCACUGUGUGGGCGGCUGGCAAUGACCGUAAACUCCGUCAGUUUGAUCGCACCAAAUUGCAGCAGGUUGCAGACUACGAUUUGCAGAACGCCUCUCUGUACUCCAUGGCGAUUAGUGCCAAGUUGAAGUUGCUCAUCGGUGGAUGUGAGGAUGGAACUGUUCGUGUGUUUAAUACGUACCUUGGUGAGAAACUCUCAGCAAAUGAUCGGGAUCGAGAAAACACCACAGGCAUCAUGAUUGAGUCACACAACGCCCACGCCGGAAUCGUUUCACGCGUCGCACUUACGUUUGACGAGUCGAUGGUGGUGAGCGUGGGCGACGACGGUGCUGUGGUGUUCUGGGACGUUGUGGCACCCUACCGUGGGCCACACAAGGAGGUGGAGUACGCACGGGAGUUAUUCAUGGCUCGCAGCGACUUGGAGGCGUCGACGAAGGCGGUUGUGACCCUCAACACGGAGACGAACGAGCUUAAGCAGAGAAUGCUGCAGCAGCAGAUCAAGCGUGACAGGGUCCACGAGGAGCAGAUUGCCAAGUUGGACCGAGAGUACGCGGAGGAGCGGGCACGACGGAUCGCGCAGUUCGAGGCUCUCAAGGCGGAGAAGAAUGAGCAGGCCAUUCGCUUCACAGAGUUCAUGGCGGAGAUGGAGAAAAAAGAGAAAGAGGACCUUCACCGCACCAGAGAGGACUACAGCGUCAAGAUUGAGUCAUUGCGUGACCGUGCCGAUCGUCUGCGGCAGCUCAUUGACGAGCGGCAGCGCGAGCACAACGCCCACAUCGAGGGGAUACGCGAGAAUGCGGCGCGAGUGCGUGCUGACGACAAGGAGAACCAGCGACGUAUCAUACGAGAGAUGGAUGAACGACAUCAACAGCUGUUGCUUGAGAAAGAGGAGGAUGAGCGUCAAACCGACGAGUACUGUGCCCUGAUUGAGGAAGACACCGAUGUGGAGGUGGUUACGCUCAAGGAAGGCGUCGAGAAGCGGCGCAAGGAGCAAGAGGAGGAGGUUGCCGCGCUGCGGGCCGCCAACGAUGCACUGCUAUCGCGUGAGAAUAUCACCAAAGCGGACCUGGAGGCGAUCAAGGCGGAGGUGCGGGAGAAACUUCGGCAUCAGGCGACGCUGGAGGCGCAAAUUGAGGCCGCGAAGCGCGACAUAAAGGCUCUCACCCACGAGUUCAAGGAUCGCGGGGAGACAAUUGCGGAGAAGGAGCGGCGCGUGGUUGACCUGAAAAAGAAAAAUCAGGAGCUGGAGAAGUUCAAAUUCGUGCUAGAGUACAAGAUUAAAGAGCUCAAGUCGCAGAUUGACCCGCGCGACGAGGAGAUACGGCAGGCGAAGAGCCGCCUCGCAGAGAUGGGCAAGGAGGCGGAUCAGUACACGCACAGCAACGAGCACCUCGUGCUGCAGAUACGCAACCUGCGUCAGAAGAAGGCGGGCCAGCAGAAGGAGCUUGAGAAACUCGCGGUGGGCAUGCGAAGCUUCGCGGAGUACCAGUCGCGGCUCUGGACGGAGCUGUGUGACCUGCGCGACGAGACGAACCCGCGCAAGCUGAAGGAGUCGGCGAAGCUGCUAUUUGACAAGUACACUUCCAACAAGGCCAUUGCCGCGACGAAGCCGCUUGCCUCCCGCACGGCAGCAGAUGAGGUGCGGGAGUACAACCGCGAGCGCGACCACCUCGAGCGCAACUUCGCGGGGCUGAAGAACAAGGUCAACAAGGACACGGAGAACAACCGCGGCGACAAGUACCGCAUCACCACGGAGAACGUUAUCCUCAUCAGGGAGAUCAACGACCUGCGCAAAGAGGCGCGGCUGCUUGCCGGCAAGGCGGGUAUGUGGCGCACGGCUGACCCGAACUCCACCUCCGCGUAUGAAGACGAGACGGCGCGCGAGGUUGCGAUGCAGCGCGUGGAGCUGAGCCGCCUGCGCGAGAUUGCAACGAAGCUAGAGGAAAAAGCGCGGGAGAAAAACAUCACUCUGCAGCCGCCAACUCUGUAA